ACGCCAUAUAAGGAGAUGUUGUGAGAGUGGCAGGAACUUCGGUGUUGCUGUUUUUGGCUGCGGCGAAAUUCCCGGCUUCGUCCCCUCCCUCUUCUUCGGGCUGGCCGUGUCGUCGACUUCCGAGGCCUCUCAUCGUGCGUCCAAGGACGCCCACGGGGAUAUAAAGCCGAUGUUGCCGCGACGGAACUGGCUCGAGUGACUCAGAUCCAGAGGUGGGCCUAUCCCGUGGACACACUGCCCCAUUUUGGACAUUUCUGCGAAGUUGGUGGUGGGGUGACCCCUCCACUCCGAGACCUAAUUUUGGACGUAAGGACGAUUUCCACCGAAGUUGUAUAUAGCUCCCUGUGUCGACUGGGGUUAUAGAGGAGUAAGCCGUUUUCCCUCGGACACAGGAAGAGCUGGAAUUUGAGGGAUAUUCGAGUCGCGCUCUCCCGGGACAGAGACUGAUCUCACGUCUGACGCCAGUAGAACCGUUUGUGUGUUUGCCAAUUUGAACUCGGACCCCGAGAGGUGGGAGGGCAACUUUACAGAGAAAUAAUUUCCGCAUACAGAAGCCUUUCAAGAUGAUGCACGAAGGGCGCGUGGUGGGGGACGGCUCGUGGGAGCUGAACGUCCUGGUGACGGACCUGAAGGCCGAGAGGAAACUGCGUGUGGACGGCGACAUGUCCAUAGGAAACGUCAUGAUCAAGCUGGUCGAGUCGCUCGAUGUAGCGAUGGACUGGUCCGACCACGGCUUCUGGUGGCCGCAGAGGAACUCGUGGCUGCUGCGGACCCACUGGACGCUGGACAAGUGUGGCGUCCAGGCCGACGCCCAGCUGCACUUCACCCCCACCCACAAGAACCUGCGGGUCCAGCUCCCCGACCUGCAGCUCGUCGACCUGAAAGUCGACUUUUCCUACAUGGCGUUCAACGCCAUCAUGUCUGUAUGUGCCAUGUUAGGUAUCCGCCAUCCAGAGGAGUUGUCUUUCAUGAAAAAGGUAGAUGAACGGACUUUGAAACGGGGAGAAAAAAGAGGCAGCUUUAAAAAGAAGAAAGGCGAAAAGUACUCCUCGCCCGCUUCUUCCGCAAACAAUAGUGAUGCUUCCUACCCCACCACCCCCACACCCAGCAUGAUGGACGGAACCCAUACGACGCCCAGAAGUGCGAGUAUGCCCGGUAGCCCUUACAGAUCCGCUCCCCACACACCGGGGACGCCGCUCACGCCGGGAACACCCAGCGGUUACAACACGUACCCCAGGGUACCCAGCUACAACGGAACCAGCCCUGUGUCGUCCAGCUACAGCCUGAGUUCCUUCCCAGACAGUCCUUACAGCGAUGGGAGCAACCUGUCCGCCCUGUCCAUUAGCCCGGCCAAGCCGUCUUCAGAAGCAGUCGCCACCCUGCACAGACCCAAGAACUACGUGGAGAGAGCCAGGCUAAAUUCUUUAUGGCUGAACUCCUCUCGAUCCUUGAUGGAGCAGGGCAUCCGAGAGAACGACAUCAUCUUGCUCAGGUUCAAGUACUACUCCUUCUUUGACCUGAACCCCAAGUACGACGCAGUCCGUAUCAACCAGAUCUACGAGCAGGCCAAGUGGUCGCUGCUGACGGAGGGGAUCGAGUGUACGGAGGAGGAGGCCAUGAUGUUUGCAGCUUUACAGUUGCAAGUGAACCUGCAGUCGGCCAUGCCGCAGCCAGACAUGAACAACGCCAACGACUCUGCAGACGACAUCGACGCGGCCCUUACUGAUCUACAGGUGUCUCUGGAGGGGAGCGCAAAGAACUCUGCAGCCGGGGACAUCACCCAGAUACCAGAACUAGCAGACUGGCUCAGGUUCUUCAAGCCAAAGAAGUUCACGCUGAAAUCCUACAAGCGUUACUGGUUCACCUUCAAGGACACCCACCUGGCCUAUUACCACAGCCCGGAGGAGGCCAGCGGAGCCCCUAUCAUGAGGGUCAACCUCCGAGGAUGUGAGGUGACUCCCGAUGUGAACAUCUCGUCGGAGAAGUACUGCAUCAAGCUCCUCAUCCCGUCCACAGAGGGGAUGAACGAGGUCUGGAUCAGGGCAGACUCGGAAACCCAGUAUGCCCGCUGGAUGGCGGCCUGCAGGCUGGCAGCAAAGGGAAAGACGAUGGCAGACGCCACCUACGAGUCGGAAGUCCAGAGCAUCACCAACUUCCUGGGCCUGCAGCACCCCAAGGAGCCGGUUCCCAGCGUCAACAUCAGCAACAUCAACAUAGAGCCACAGGACUUUGUUUCACAAAGACAUGUCAAGAAGUUCAAGGCAAAGUCGCUGACUGCCCGUAUCCUGGAGGCACAUGCCAACGUGGCCAACCUGGCCCUGAUGGAGGCUAAGCUGAACUACAUCAGGGCGUGGCAGGCCCUGCCUGAAUUUGGCAUCACGCACUUCGUAGUCAGGUUCAGGGGCAACAAGAAGGAGGACCUGCUUGGCGUCGCCUUCAACCGCAUCAUGCGCAUGGACCUGCACACGGGCGACGCGCUCAAGACGUGGCGCUACAACUCCAUGAAGCACUGGAACGUCAACUGGGAGGUGAAGGAGGUCCUGGUGCAGUUCGAGGACGAGCAGGUCUCCUUCGCCUGCCUGAGCGCCGACUGCAAGAUCGUCCACGAGUUCAUCGGAGGCUACAUCUUCAACUCCAUGCGCUCCAAGGACCAGAACCAGACCCUGAAUGAGGAGCUAUUUCACAAGCUGACAGGCGGAUGGGAAACAAUUUAACAUUAGUUUUUCCUAUAUUGUUAUUAAUCUUCAGAUAGAAUGUAGACAGUAUGAACGUAUGAAUCAUACACAUUUGUACAGGAUCAUUAUUGAGAUGUAGAAAUGAUUGAUUGAUUAAUUGAUUAAUUAAUUAAACGAGCUAUGAAAUGGUAGUGGGUUCUGCUGGCCUGUUCCUACAGGUAUUACAAGUUAACCAGUAACUAAUCUGUUGACCAGGACAUUUUCACAACGCAUGCCAAAUAUCACUUGUUUGGAUAUAUAGAUUAAGAGUUGACAGCAGUGGUGUAUUGUGAUCAGAUUUUCAAGUGUGCAAAACAUCAAUGAAUUCUGUUCUUACCCUGAAUGUAUGGAACCAAAAUGCCAUGAAACGUUUACCCAUAGCACACUAUAUUUUAGCCAGUACAUAUGCAGGCUACUGAUCCCUUUAAGAUUGUUGUAGUAGAGGGUGGGACGAAUUAGCACCUUUGUAAAAAGACAGCGACCUAUAAAGCAUUGCUAGUUACUAUAAAGCAGUGUUUGACAAUGUCACUGCACUUGUUCAAAAAUGUAUCAAAGGUGGGGUGUUUUGUCCACACAAGGGGUAGGAGAAAAUAUACUAACCUGUAUAACAAUGUGAAUAGUAGUUAUAUGCCCCCACCCUGAGCCAUAGCUUCAGUCCUCAAAUACUAAACCUCAGGAAUGCUAUGUAUUAUGGAGAGCUACAGCUUUUUGUUUUUUCAUUUAAAAGAAAAUGAAUAGCACGUAUAUAGGAGCAGAUAUUGCGGUGGAGGGGGCUGAUAAGUUAACCCUUGAAAUAGGGUCCAUGUUACUAAUGUAGGUGACAUAGGUUCAUGUUUUCAAAUUGGGUGUUUCUGUUGUUUUUAUAUGAGUAGCAUAGCCUUUUAUGAUGCUGUUUGAAUGAUGCUUAGUAAUUCAAAUAUUUAAUGAUCAAGCAUGUAUUUACAGUACCUCUACCUGUAUUUUAUUUAAUAUUUGAUGGUUGUGUGGAAGAAAAAUACACAAAAAUAUGUGAGGACAAAAUGGGUUGCUGUAUUCCACAGUGUGCUUGAUACUAGAGUUUAUAAAAUUUGAAUUAUCUAAUUCUAUCCCUUGCCAUGUGUAAUCCUUGUUAAUUCACUAUCUUAACCCAGUAGGGGUACUCUGUAUGAUAUAGGGUAAAUCAUUUUGUCAGAACAAUGUACUAAUCAAAGAAUAUCCUAAGGCAUUGUAAGUAGUGAUAUCAUAUAUCACCUUUACUGUAUAGUACAGCACAGAAACACAUCUACCAGCGGGAGGUAAAUAUCAGCACUGUGGAAUACUGGCAAGGUUUCUAGAAGUCUUGCAAUAUCCUAGAUUAGACUUGGGGUGGGUAAACACAUGGCUCUUGACAUACAUAAAACAUUGUCAAUGAUACACUAGAAAUGGAGAGCCUUCUUGCUUUCGUCUGAGUUUCUGAACUUAUUCACAUACAUGUAAAAGUUACUAAGAUGGAGAAACCUGUAUGACACUGUGUACAGUGUUAGUUCACCUUAAGGAUCGAAUCUUGGGUGUAUACUUUGACAAGAUAUGUGGACGUAAAGGCCUUAAGUAAAGGCAGCCACUGUAAUAUUUGAUCUACCAUUGAGUAGACCACUGACAGGCUCAACAUUGUAUACAUGCCGUCUUCUGUACAAAAGCUACAGUUGUCUGGUGGCCAAUGAACUCUACAGCUCUGCCUGGUACAGGUUGUAAAAUUAUGGGAUUCAGAUGGACCUAUUUUUAUCCCAUUAUCAUGUCAUUGUCUUCCUUCCCCCAAUUGUUAAAGAAGCCCAGACAGCUGGGUCAUGAAAUUCUACAUGAUGACUAUAGUACUUGAUUUGGGGACAUGAACAUGAUGCCACAGCUCUGAUACUUGUUGGUGGAUCAGGAGGGAAAUAGGAUAUAUUUGCAGCUAAAUGGUACUGGUCCAAUGCCAAACUUAACUGGUAUAGCUAUCCAAGAUUUUCUCAGAAGUUGGGUUUCUUGGGCCCCUUCUAUAUAACAACUGCAUCAGUGUCUACAACGCAUUGACUCUACUCUCAUAGAACUCCGAGAAGGUACUCAACACAUGUACCAUUUAUUGCUACAGUUUGAGCAGUGAGCAUCUUGAUGCUCAAGAUGUCUUCCCAUAAUUGACAAAAUUUGUAGUAUUCACCACAGUACAGAAGCUUGGACUAUGGCAUUUCCAUGAAAUGCCCUUGACUGAGCUUCUAGUGACUACAUGACACAUCUGCCAUGAUGUUCCCCCAUAGCUACUGCCCUACCAUCACGUCUGUGUGUAUCACAAGUUAGCAAACAUGUAGAUAAGUGUGCACCCUGCAGCCUUGUCUGACUGUUCAAUGCUGGAAGCCAAAUAAAUUUUGCCACUAAAGAGAA